AUGACCAAGACCCGGCUUCUUAACCCGACCCGACUCUCUUCUCUCAAACCACUACGAGGGUGCGACGCCAACUUCAUGGAACAGCUCCUCCUCCACUGUGCAACCGCCAUCGACUCAAACGACGCAGCAUUGGCUCACCAAAUCCUUUGGGUGCUCAACAACACCGCUCCACCAGACGGUGACUCCACCCAACGACUAACCUCCGCCUUCCUCCGCGCGUUGCUCUCACGCGCCGUCUCCAAAAACCCUACAUUAUCAUCCGCCAUUAGUUUCCUACCUCCGGCUGAUGAACUCCACCGGUUCUCAGUAGUGGAGCUAGCAGCAUUCGUCGACCUCACUCCUUGGCACCGGUUUGGAUUCAUCGCGGCCAACGCAGCCAUCUUAACCGCCGUGGAAGGUUACUCAACGGUUCACAUCGUUGACCUAAGUUUGACUCAUUGUAUGCAAAUCCCUACUCUCAUAGACGCCAUGGCAAGAAGACUCAACAAACCUCCUCCGCUUCUUAAACUCACCGUCGUCUCUUCCUCCGAUCACUUCCCACCGUUCAUCAACAUAUCUUACGAAGAACUCGGAUCCAAACUCGUCAACUUCGCCACCACAAGAAACAUAACAAUGGAGUUCACAAUCAUACCUUCAACUUACUCUGAUGGCUUCUCAUCCCUCAUACAACAACUACGGAUUUAUCCUUCUUUCAACGAAGCUCUCGUCGUUAACUGCCACAUGAUGCUCCGUUACAUCCCUGAAGAAACCCUAACUUCAUCGUCAUCAUCGCUGAGAACAGUUUUCUUGAAACAACUCCGAUCUUUGAAUCCAAGAAUCGUAACCCUAAUAGAAGAAGACGUAGAUCUCACGUCUGAGAACUUGGUUAACCGGUUAAGAUCGGCUUUUAACUACUUCUGGAUACCGUUUGAUACAACCGACACGUUUAUGAGCGAGCAGAGGCGGUGGUACGAGGCGGAGAUAAGUUGGAAGAUAGAAAACGUGGUGGCGAAGGAAGGUGAGGAGAGGGUGGAGAGGACUGAGACAAAGAGACGGUGGAUUGAGAGGAUGAGAGAUGCUGAGUUCGGUGGUGUUAGGGUAAAUGAAGAGGCGGUGGCGGAUGUGAAGGCGAUGCUGGAGGAGCACGCCGUCGGGUGGGGAAUGAAGAAGGAAGAUGACGACAACAGUCUCGUGCUGACGUGGAAAGGUCAUAGUGUAGUGUUUGCUACCGUUUGGGUUCCCAUUUAAAUCGAGUUGAUUAGAUUUGAAUUAAUUACCGAUUUAAUUGGAUUGCUCUGAUUUGUAGUUGGGUCUAAUUCUAAUGUCAUUGUUUUGUAUUAAUUUGUUCCAACAU